GCCCCCGGGCCGCUCCGCGGGGGGACUGGGGCUCCUCCUCCUCUCACCGUGGAAGAGAGCCUGGAAAUGCGGGAGGAGGCCCCUGCACUCUGGCUACAGGCCCCGUAACUCCAAAUCUCUGCCAUGAGGGUGUCAGCUGGCCCUGUGACCAUGACCACAAACUCGGAGGCGCUGGGAAAGGAUCCUGAGGGUCUCGCAAGGAAUCUGCCAUCAGAUGGGAAGCCCUGAGAAGGGGGGUAUGUGCCACGGGAGGAGGACGGGAAGCAUCAUCUGAAUUGUUGCUGUGCCCACAAACCCAACCUCAGGCCAUUGGGCCUUGGCGAUGUGGGCGCUCUGGGCUGGGGUCCUUGAGGUCUGAGGUCGCAGCUCCGUGGAAAGCUGCUCACCUCCGCCCCAGGAAGGAAGAGCAAAGCCUCAGCAGCCCCGUCUCCCGUGGGCACCGGCAACAGUGUGGUGCCCUGGCUCCCGUGCAAAGGAAGGACCACUUCCCUGCUGGGGUAGAGGCAAAACCAGAGCCCCCCAGCCCCAUGGCUUCUCUGUCCCCCUUGAGUCUUCGGGAAUGGACCUGCCUGCCAAGAAGCGGGGUCACCCGUGGACUUGUCUGCCCUCCUGGGGAGCACAGGUGGCCGGAGCCGUGGUAGCAGCAGUGGCGGGGCUGUGGCAACACUCCUAGCAGAGGAUGGCCCAGGCCCUGGAGCGCCCCGAGGGCAGCUGGGCCUGGGUGGUGCUGCUGUCCUCCAUGGUGACCCAGGGCCUCACCCUGGCCUUCCCCACCUGCAUCGGCAUCUUCUUCACCGAACUCCAGCGUGAGUUCCAGGCCAGCAACAGCGAGACCUCCUGGUUCCCCUCCAUCCUGACAGCCAUGCUUCACGCAGGGGGACCCCUUUGCAGCAUCCUGGUGGACCGCUUUGGCUGCCGAGUGGCAGCGAUGCUGGGGGGCGUGCUGGCCUGCCUGGGCAUGGUGGCCAGCUCCUUCUGCCGCACCCUCAGCGAGCUGUACAUCACAGCAGGAUUCAUCACAGGCCUGGGCUUGUGUUUCAGCUUCCAGUCCAGCAUCACUGUGCUGGGCUUCUACUUCUCCCGCCGACGGCCGCUGGCCAAUGCCCUGGCCUCCAUGGGCGUCUCCCUGGGCAUCACGCUGUGGCCACUACUCUCCCGCUACCUCCUGGAGGACCUAGGCUGGAGGGGCACCUUCCUUAUCUUCGGUGGGGUCUUUCUCCACUGCUGCAUCUGUGGAGCCAUCAUGCGGCCCAUGGCCACCAGGGUGGCCGCUAAGACCAGAGAAGUCCCCCACCCGCCUUCCAAGACACCGGCUCCCAGCUGCCUGGCAAAGUGCGGCCAGGCCAUCCAACGCCACCUGGCCUUCGACGUCCUGCUGCACAACGCAGGCUAUCGCGUGUACACCCUGGGCAUCAUGUGGAUGAUCCUAGGUUUCCCGCUGCCUCACAUCUUCCUGGUGCCUUACGCCAUGAGGCACGGGGUGGACGAGCACAAGGCGGCCCUGCUCAUUUCCAUCAUCGGCUUCAGCAACAUCUUCCUGCGGCCUUUGGCGGGGAUGCUGGCCGGCCGGCCCACCUUUGCCGGCCACCGCAAGUACCUGUUCACCUUGGCCAUCCUGCUCAACGGGCUCACCAACCUGGUGUGCACAGUGUCAGCCAACUUCUGGGUGCUGGUGGGCUACUGCCUGGUGUACAGCGUGUCCAUGAGCGGCGUGGGUGCCCUCCUCUUCCAGGUCCUCAUGGACCUCGUCCCCAUGGAUCGCUUCUCCAGCGCCCUGGGACUCGUCACCGUCCUGGAGAGCAUCUCCAUCCUCAUCGCCCCGCCGCUGGCUGGCCUCCUCCUGGACACCAGCAAUAACAACUUCAGCUAUGUGUUCUACAUGGCCAGCUUCUUCCUCAUCUCAGCUGCUCUCUUCAUGGGCAGCAGCUUCUGUGUCUUGCAGAAGAAGGAGAGGCAGGGUAGGCAGGCUGAAGCAGAAGAAGCCAGCAAGGGCCACCCCGUGGAGGGCGCAGAUGGUUCCGAGAAGCGCCUGUGCUCAGAGGCCACAUCUGUGACCAGCAUCUGAGUCCUCAGUGAGUGACCUCUGCCUCGGACAAGAAUGGGAUGUCCAGCUGCUGUGCCAGGACUGGGAUGGAGGGCUGCCCAGGAAACCUAGGCCACAGGCUGGCCAGGGUCUGUGCAUCAGGACUCAGCUAGGAGCUGGGGCCUUGCCGGCCCCCUCUGAAGACUCAGAGGUCCUGCCAACUAGUGGACUCCAGGAGCAGAUCCUCCUCAUGUUCCUUGGGCACCGGCUUCCUGGGGUGUGGGUCAGGGCCCUGCUGGGGGCUGCCCCAGUGCAGCUGUUGCUAUGACUCAAUACACUGGACUUCAAAGUCCAGCCUGGCUGCCUCCAAUGUAAUCUCUUUGUCCUUCUCUAGCUUCCAGAUGGUUCCAAAGGAGCUCACCCCUCCUCCGCCCCCCCGUCCCCAUUCCCAAGUGACCCAGCCCACAUCAUUGUUGGGGUAACCAAGGCUGGCACUUUGGCUGCACUCAGCACAGUUAGCUGGGCCUCACACUGACUAGACCUCUGGGAAGACGGGCCUUGUGAGAACCAGUGGUGACCUGCGGUGGUGGAGGGCCGGGCUGAGGAAUCAGCCUGGGUUAAAUGUUGGGUGCAGUCCCCAUCCUGUUCCCUGGGCAGAGAACUGGAAGGGAGCCCCUGGCUUGGGUCCUAGCAUUAGUGAAGUGUGAGAGGUACCCUGGGCACUCACAGGUCCUGCUCCAGCAUCUUCUUCUCUGCAUCUUGGGCGGAAGAUGCAGAGCAUCUUUCAGCAUUAGGCUGAAAGGGGAGUGGAGUAGGGGAAGAGGUGCUAGGCAGGCCCUGAGGACCUCUGUGGAAAUGGAGCCCCCACCCCCACCUCACCACCCUGUCUGAGUGUCAACCCUAGAGUAAGUAACUGUUGGCCUAUGUUUGUGGUCUGGAGGUCAGAGCUCCCCCAUACACAGGCUUUUUUGCAGGUACCCUCCCUUCCCUGAUGUCAUAACCUGGGGGCUGGCUGUCAUCAGCCUAGGCCUGUCCAACAGAGGGAAUGGAAAAACAGAUUUUGUUUGAAUUUGGCAGAGAAAAAUGUUUCCUGCAGCAGGUUAUAAAGCCUGUGAACUAAUGAAACUGGAGAACAGGCCUGGAGUAAGUUUCUCCCUCGCUCCCUCUUCAGUUCUCCUAACUCAGCAGGGGCAGCGUCUGCCCUGAGCCUUGUUUGUUGAUUCAGUCUAAACCCGGCUCCAACAAGAAAAGCUUAUCAGGAGAAUUGAUUUUAUUUUUAUGACCCAACAGCAGCCUCCCUCCCCUCCAAGUCCAGCUGGCAAGAAUCACCAUCCUUGGGGACUGCUUGUCUUUCCAGGGCUCUGCCACAAGUGCCCCCAUAUGGCCAAAGACAGUAGUGCAGGGGCAAACUUCAUAUUUGGGGGUGCCACCAUUUGCAGCCGCCUGCCUUUGGCAAAUUGUUCAUCUCUAGGCCAUUAGAAAGGAGGUUGGUUACAGUCUCUUCCAGCUUGGAAGGUGUUAUCCUGAGGAUUGGCGUUGCCUUCCUGCGCCUCACCCAAUUCUGUGCUUGGCCACUACCCACAGUUUAUGUACUGAGUGGGUGAUUCUUGGACCUAUUUUACCAGGUUCUAGCUUCCCCACCUUCAUUGAGUGGAAAAGGAGGGAGUGGGAGCUGGGCCUGGGGGCAGCUGAAUGCUUUUGGUGCUGGUAGCCACCAGGCUUUGAAAUGUGCAUCCCCUAAAUGUCACUUCCUGAAAACAUUUAAGGACAAACAUUGUCUUUUAAGGACAAAAAAAAAAAAAUAAGUGAACAUUCAGUAUAUCAGUAUAGACAAUCUUCCACCUCAGCUGGCCCUGGCAAGAGUGACAAUAAUCUCUGGACAGCAUCCCUUGAAGACAUGUUGCUGUGUGCCAAGCUUGGCAUCCACUGUGUGCCAAGGACUAGAGAGAGAGUAGUAACACCUAGUUGCUGCCCACAGCACAAAGCCAAGACAAAAGCUUCCCCAGGAGGAGGGCCCUGGAGGCCUUGGAGGGAACAGAGGAGGGAGGGUGAUGUGGCACAUCUGAUUUCAGCACUCCCUCUUGGCUGAGUCCCAGGAUUCCUAGAGUCUGGAGCAGUUCCUGACCAGCGCAGGGUUGAAUGCACUGCUAUGUUGUCUCUAAGCCCUGAGCUCCUGCUCCCCAGGCCUUUGCUGAUCUCUCUGGCCAAAAGCACCCCCACCCUCCCUACACACACACCCUGGGCUAAGAAGUACAUCCUCAGGUCUCAUCAGUUCCCCACAGAAGCUGAAGGGCCUGGUGAGGGAACUGGGGCCACAGCUGUCACAGAGCCAGACUAUGGUACUAGCUCUGGCCCUGGGACGGUGCAAAGGGCAGGGGCUGCCCAGGGAUCUGAGGACAUGCAGUAGGCCCGCCCUCAGUGGGGCUGUCCUCAGCUGGAGUAUGGCAGCCACUGUCUUCAUCAAUCGCCACCUUCCUGAGAAGGAAUGGGCCGAAGGGCUCCUGAAUCCUGUGUUCCACAACUCAAAAGCAGCCAAAGGGCCUCCCUGGUGGCGCAAGGGGUUAGGCAUUGCACUAUGAAGCAAUCUGAAGCCUCUGCAUCAGGAGUUCGAUACCUGCCGGCCAGGGAGACACCCACUUGGCCAGGCAGACCUCUCCUGUCUUUCCCACUGUUUCCUUCAGCAGUGUAUUUCAGUGGGUCCGCCUGUCAAGCUCCCCACUCUGUCUCUGGUGGAUCCUCUCACCCCCCGCAUCUCCGGCGGGUGCCCCAGCUCCUGU